GAUGGCAUAUGGGGCAAGGUUACUGUGGAGUCAAAAACAGUUGCCAAGGCCAAGAAAUUCUCAGAGACAGUCUGGAUGCAGGAAACUCACGAUCAUCUUUUGGAAAGCCCGGUCACUCGAGAGCAAUUAAACCACUACCGAAAUGUGGCCGAAAACACCCAAAGUGAACUUGCAGCAGUUUUGGUCAAAUUUGAAUGUGCCCAGUCGGAGCUUCGAGACCUCCGAUCCAAGAUGCUUUCUAAGGAAGUUUCCUUUCAAGAGUUGAAAGCAGAAAUGGAGAACUACAAAGAAAAUAAUGCCAGGAAGUCAUCUCUCCUCACCUCCUUAAGAGACAGAGUUCAGGAGCUAGAAGAAGAAUCGGCAGCACUUUCUACUUCUAAAAUCAGAACAGAAAUCACAGCUCAUAAUGCAGUCAAGGAGAACCAGGACUUGAAGAAGAAAGUUGUUGAACUACAUGAGAAUUUACAAAAGUGUUUAACUGAAAAUGAGGAGAAUAAGAAUCAAAUCUCAAAGAACUGCAGGAAGCAUGAGGAAUUUCUAGCUCAACUUCGAGACUUCUUAGAUCCAGACAAGAACAGCGCUGAGGUCUCAGAUGAAGAUUUGAUUUUAAAGCUUCGAGAGCUGUGCACGGAAAGCGCAGCCCUGAAAGGACGCAUCUCUGCUCUUGAAGAGACUGUAAAUGUCCAUGAGAUGGAGGCAAAAGCUAGCAGAGAAACGAUCAUGCGGCUGGUUUCAGAAGUAAACAGAGAGCAGAAAAAAGCUGCCUCCGAUCUUGAAGAGAAAGAGAAGCUGAGCCAGGACUUGCUCUGUGCUGCAGAGGCAAGAGAAGCUCUGGAAAGGGAAGUUAAAAUCUUCCGAGACAGGCUGCUUGUUGGGCAGCGGGCCUGGGAUGCCUCGAAGCAGGAGCUGAACCUCUUGAGGAAAAGUUCGUGUGACCUGGAGAAGAGUUUGAAGGCCAGUCUGGAGGCAGCCACGGCCUCGCAAAGCCAGUAUUCCUCAUUUAGGGGGAAAAUCACAGCUCUUCUUGAGGGCAGCUUGGGCGUGGCUGGGUCCACAGAGGACGCCAUUUUGGAGAGGAUCCGAGAGAUGGGCGUCCAGGAGGAGAGCAGGAAAAAGAUGGUCUCCCAGCUUGAAGCCCAAAUAUCUGAGCUUGUUGAACAGUUGGGAAAUGAGUCUGGGUUUCACCAGAAAGCUCUACAGAGGGCCCAGAAGGCAGAAAACAAGUUGGAUACCCUUCAGGGUCAGCUGACACACCUGGAGGGAGAGCUGAUUUCUGGAGAUGUUUUGCGAGACAACUUGAAUUUUGAGAAACAAAAAUAUCUUAAAUUUCUGGAUCAACUCUCAGAGAAAAUGAAACUGGACCAGAUGGCUGCUGAACUUGGCUUUGACAUGCGUCUGGAUGUAGUUUUAGCUCGAACAGAGCAGCUGGUCCGCCUUGAGAGCAAUGCCGUCAUUGAAAACAAGACUAUCGCCCACAAUUUACAGAGAAAGCUAAAGACCGAGAAAGAAAGACUAGAGAGCAAAGAGCUGCACAUGAACCUUCUCCGGCAGAAAAUCACUCGGCUGGAGGAGGAGAAGCAGGUGCGGACGGCGUUGGCUGUGGAGAGGGACGAGGCCAAUCUCGCCAUGAGGAGGUUGCAGAAGAAGGUGGAGAGGCUGCAGAAGGAGCUGAGUGAGUGCCGAGAACUGAACACUGAACUGAAAGCCAAACUGGCCGACACCAAUGAGCUUAAGAUUAAAACUUUGGAACAGAACAAAGCCAUUGAAUACCUACAUAAAUCCAGAGACAAACUGGAGAAGAUGAAGGAGAAAGCUGAGAAAAAGUUGAUGUCUGUUAAGUCAGAGCUGGACACGACAGAGCACGAGGCCAAGGAGGAUAAAGAGAGGGCCAGGAACAUGAUCGAAGUGGUCACCAGCGAAAUGAAGAUGCUGAAAAAAUCCCUGGUAGAAGCUGAAAAGAGAGAAAAACAGCUGGUGGACUUCAGGGAGGUGGUUUCCCAGAUGCUGGGCUUGAACCUGACCAGUCUCGCUCUUCCCGACUACGAGAUCAUCAAGUGCCUGGAAAGACUGAUCCAUUCGCACCAGUGUCACCUCGUCCCGUGUGCUUGCCUCAGAGAUGUGGCCGGCGGGCGAGAGAGACCCCCUCAAGGCCACUUCAAACCUCUAAAUUGAACGCCAUCUCUCUCGAGGGAGGUGGAGCUAAGAGAUGACACACAAUUCUAAUCUUCACAGAUUCCGCAAACCUUUGAAACUUGAUCAGUGUGUGAAUGGGUGUACUCUGACGGUGGAGCAAGAAUCCGUCGUUCAUGAGAAAGGGAUCUCGAAGGUGCCAGCUGCAGGAAAAUGUUGGCCCUGAAAGCACCUCUUAACUUCGUUUGCUAGCACUUUGCGGCCCAGGGAAAUUCCAGUCGACUACAUAUGGAGAAUGGGAAAUGGUGGAAGGGAAUUAACGUUUACGGGGGACCUAUGACAAGUCAGGGAACUGACUCCCCAAUUUGAUUCUCAUAAUAACCACACAGAAAAGCUAACGUUUUUAUUUUACAACCUCUCCGGAGUGUGUUACCGACUCAGGAUGGGCUGGUGAUGGAAUCAGAAGGUAUUUUAUGUUGGCUCUGAGUCCAAGGCCCUGCCUUCUCUGCUGCCUCUGUCCUUGGUCUCUCCAGCCCCCUGUUUCUGGUGGAAAUCGCCUGCCCAGGGAGGAAAACAUCCCCAAGGUCAGGAACUGAAGCACAGAAAUGACUGGGACAGAUGAUUGGGACGUGACCUAUAUGAUUUCUUUAAAAAGCAGCCUAUGGAUGGAGCUGGAAGGGAAUAUGCUAAGCGAAAUUAGUCAGAAGGAAAAAGAUCAACAUCAGAUGGUCUCACUUACAUGUGGACUAUAGAGAAACCGAACAAAGGGUCAAGAAAAAGACAAAACUUGCAAAGUCACCACAGAUCUGAGGCCUCCAGCAAGAGAGGGGGAGGAAAAGGGAUCAAAACAGGGUGGGAAGAGCACAAGGGACUGUGGUGACGGUCACAGGUGCUUUGGUGGUGGAGGAGCCACAGGGACUGCACCUGAGGGGAAAAAUCAAACACUACAACAAUAAAUAAUGAUGUCAGAAAGUAAAUAAAUAAAUUUAAUUAAAUGAAAAAAAGCAGCACACCUAAUUAUUUGAAUAAAACACACAGAGGUCUGAGAUCCUGGAAGACACUUACCUGGUGUAAACUUUGCUACCAUCUUGCACUAGUAGGAACUUUUAAUGCCUGAACUGAUCUGACCUCAGUACUUUAUUUAUUUAUUCAUUCAUUUAUUUAUUUAUUUUAAAGAUUUAUUUAUUUAUACAAGAACUGGGACACAGGGCAGAGGUGUGGGGGGUGAGAGCAUUCACCAGAGACAGAGCGGGGAGCAGAACAGGCAGACUGACUGAAAUCCACUGCUGAGGGGAGCAGCAGGGAGACAGGAGAGGUCUGCCGUGCCAUGUGGGUAUCUCCCUGGUCGGCCGGGGAUCGAACCAGCACUGCAGAGGCUGUGGACAUCUUCACAGCACUCAGCCCACUGCGCCACCAGGGAGGCCCUGAUCUCAGUACUUUAAAAGUGAAAGCUUUGAUGUGACUCUUGUAAGAAAAGACACCCUCCACACUCUCAUUCACCAGUAUCUCAAAUGCACACACAGUCAGGGGCCUUCAUUAGGGGAGGGAUUUUUUUCUAAGAAUUAUUAUCACUUCCUGCCUUACAUUUAAAUGUGUGGUUCACAAAUACUUUUCCAGAAACCAUUUCCUUAAGUUCACUGAGAAAAGCACAUUAUUCUUUUAAGUGAAACUCUUUGUUCUGUAACAUGGAAUUAAAAAAAAAUUAUUAGUCCUUAUUUUCUUUGUGUGUAUAUAUAUUUUUAU